UCACUGCCUAUGCGGCAUCAGCAGAAGGAAGUUUAGCUUGUCGCAGUUGGAGGAAUCCAUGAACCAUUCGUUCAUCUAUUCCUCUUUGGAAAGAUGCUCUAUCCCCCUACGCCGCCGACUGCAGCUGUAAUGAACCGUGCUUGACUUGGUUUCUAAAGGUUUUACGUUGUAGAAUAGCUAAAAUGCAACAUUGUACGUGCACUGCAAAAUCGUGGCUCAACCAGCAGGAUCUUCCCUGGUGCUGCGGUAUUGUGUAGGACUUGAAUGGACUGGGACGUCAGCACUUUAAGGAUUAAUUGUCUGCAAAGUAGUUUGAUGAGGAUAUGAAAAUUGUUUCAAAUUACUGAGUGUGAACCAAAUAAUGAAGGCAAAUGGCACAAAGUGAUCAAGCAUCCCAAGAACUGUGUCUGAUUGAUAGGGCCAUCACCAGCUUGCUAGCCGUACCUUUAAGCCCAAAGAUUCGAUCGUUGAAUGUUCACUACAAUCAGAUCUCCAGAAUUGAGGGCCUUGGACAGCUAUGGCAGUUGCAGCAUCUUGAUCUCUCCUCCAAUCAGAUAACUCGUAUUGAAGGAUUGGAGGCCCUUGUAGCCUUACGUACACUAAAUCUAUCCUGUAACUUAAUAACCAAAGUAGAAGGACUUAAUGGACUUGUCAGUUUAACUCGAUUGAAUUUAUCAUACAAUCGCAUUACAGACUUGAGUGGCUUCUCACACCUUCAUGGUAUUGGUCACAAGUUAAGUCUUGUAGAUCUUCAUAGUAAUUGCAUCAGCAACUUCAAGCAUUUGCUACAAUGUAUGGUCGGCCUAUGCUGCUUAACAGAUCUGACUCUAGCAAAAGAUGGAAGAGACAAUCCAGUAUGUCAAACUGCAGGAUACAGGGAAGUAACACUGCAAUCUCUAAAUCAGCUGACUGUAUUAGAUGGAAUAAGGAGGUCUGGUGAAUUUAUCCAUGAAAAUGAAGGAGCCCCCUUGGAUAUACCUGGUUUAGAAGACUAUAUAGAGUAUUUGGUAUCAUCAGACUCGAGUUUAAAUGUGGAACAGGCCUCGCUUGGGCUCCCUGUGGUCACUCCACGGAUCGAUGAGGUACUUGCGAAUUAUCGCCGUCGUAUUGCAGUUUCUGAUUCUGCUACUCUGGCAUCUGCCACGGAAGGAAGUUCUUCACCAGAAAUGGGGCAGAGGAUGACUCGCAACACUGUUGAAGUAUUCAAUGAAAUGAGAAUAAAGAACUUGGAAAGACAGAUUUCUCAGCUGUUGCAGAAGGUUCCAGCUACUUCAACGACAGUAAAAGCAAAGCGGGAUAUUGAUCAUACGUCUGAGAGUGAAAGUGAGAGCUGUAAAGAGAAUCGCAAGAAGGGUGCUAGACGAACAAAGAUUCCAAGCCACCGACAAAUGACUGAAUCUUCCAAGCAACGAAGUGCCAGGCAGUUGAAAAAUAAAAAAUCUGAGAGAGUCGAACAGCUUUGCAUGCAAAAAUUAAAAUCAUCUGUCAAGCAACCAAGAGGUGAAGAAUUCUCCAGUAAUUCACCUGUGGAAUCUGAUGAACUUCAAGUAGUAGGAAUCGCACCCAGGAAUACUUCAGUGCAAAAAUCUCAAUGUAAAUUACAAGAUAAUAAGCAAACAAAUGUAACUGAGGAGUCCACAUACAGGGUACUUAUUCAAGAGUUGGACCAAGAGCGUGAGACAAGAUGGAAGGCAGAGCAAGCUGUGAAACAAUUGAUGGAUCAUAUGAAAACAUUACAAAACCAGGCUAACGAGAAAAAGAAUUUUCAUGACAUGGCUGUGCAUACUUCAGAUAGGCUAAAAGAGUUGCUUGUGAAAGAGAAAGAAGGCAAAAGCCAAUUACAAACUUAUGUUGCAGAGUUAAAAAAGAAAGUAGGAAUUCUUACAGAGGAGUUAAGAAAGAUGAAGUGUACUGAGGAGGAUCAACGUAAAGUCCUGAAAUCUCUUGAAGAAACACUUUUGAAGGCAGAGACACAAAGGCUUCAACAACAGACAAUGGAGAUGAAACGAAUUCAAGAAACAGAGCUGAAAGCUUCAGCAGCCCAAAGAGAAGUAGAUUUACUACAGGUCUCCCUCCGUCAGCAAAAAGAAAAAGUACAGCAACUGCAGGAGCUUCUCACUUGCAGAGAGCAAGAGCACAGGAAAGAAGUAGAAUCCAGAGUUACUUUAAAUGGGCCAGAAUUUCAAGAUGCUGUGUCUCGAGAAGUAGCAAAAGUAGAAGAAAGACAUGCUCAGGAAUUGAAAGGAUAUCAAGAAAAAAUUGAUCUAUCUAAUCAACAGUAUGAUACUUUGGAGGAUGAAUUUCGGAUGGCUCUUAUUAUUGAAGCAAAUCGGUUUAAAGAGGUAAAGAGUGGAUUUGAUCAUGUGACUGCAGAGCUAGCAAACAAUAAAUGGGCACUGGCUCAGUCACAGCAGAAGGAAAAGCAAUUGGGGACAUUGGUUCAGGAAUUGACCACCAUGGUGAAAGAACAGAAAGUGAAGAUAGCAGAGUUGGCAAAAUCCAAACAGGAAACAAUUUUGGAACUAAAGAGCCGGAUCCGAGCAUUUGAACAUACAGCUGAAGAAGAUAAGAGAAAAACAGUUCAGAUUGAACUACUUAAGCAAGAAAAAUCUAGAAUGAUUUCACAGCUAACUGCACAGGAGUCUGUAAUUGAUGGCCUUCGAGCUGAAAAGAGGAUCUGGGGACAAGAGUUAGCUCAGCAAGGCUCUUCUUUGGCACAAGACAGAGGAAGGCUCGAGGCAAGGAUUGAAAUGUUGACCUCAGAGAUGGAAUCCCUCAAAAGACAGAAUGAGCAAGACAUGAAUGCUUUGAAGAUCAAAACAAAGAUUGUGGAUGAUCAAACAGAUACUAUUAGAAAACUUAAAGAAGGUUUGCAAGAAAGAGAUGAACAGAUUAGGAAAAUUCGGGAGCAAAACCUACAAGAUCAAAGGAGCUUCCAGGAGCAAUUAGAGAAUGAAGCUGCUAUAUCACAAGAUCUGAAAGACAAAGUUGAGAGGCUUUCAGAGCGGAAAAAGGAACUAAAGCAGCAGCUUGAGGAAAAAGAAGCAGACCUGGAGGAAACAAAAAGGGCUUUCAGUGCUGUAAAUAAGAAGUGGCAAGAUAAAGCAGAGAUACUGACAAUAUUGGAAACACAGGUCAAACACAUGAAAGAAUCCUUUGAUGCUAAAGAAAGGAAACUUGUUGAAGAGAGAGACAAAGCUUUGGAAGCUCAAAAGGCUGCAGCAGAAAAACUUCAUUCCAUGGAUGAUGCAUUCAGGCACCAGCUUGAGGCUGUACAGGUAUCUCAACAGACCCAACUUCUGCAGUUAGCCAAUGAAAAACAAAGUGAAAUUGAAGCAGCAAAAGAAAAGGUCUAUCAGGUAGAGGAGGAAAUGCGUCAUCUUCUUCGAGAGACAGCAAAUAGCAAAAAAAACAUGGAGGAGAAGAUACGCAAGCUCACUAGUGCUCUUAAUGACAUCAAGCAAGAACUGUGAAGUUGCCACAGACAACUUCCCAAUAUUUAUAAAAUCCAUGCUAUUUAUUAAGUGACUGAAAUCUUAAUCUAUUUCUUUCAGUAAUUCAUCAGAAAUUAUUAAAUCCCACUGACUGGAAAAUACCUCUGAUCCCUGAAUGCCUUAUUGUUGGCUCUUACUCUGAUUACCCACUGUGGGUACAGGUUAGUGGAAAUCUAAAUUUGAAUUGCACUCAGUUAGCUAUUUUUGGCCAAUGGAAUUUGGAGACAGAAAUAUUACUUUCAAUAUCUCUUGCUCUUGGAGUAAUGCAGAGUCCUUGCAUGUCAAGCUUUCUCCAUUUUUAGUCAUUGUACACAUGGUUCCCUGUUUGUAUAGAAUAUUGAGUUUAUCACACUCAGUUGAAUGAAAGCAAAAUAUUGGAAAUACAAAAUAGGGCACCAUCUCCAGAGAGAGAAAUAGCAUUGCUCUUUUGCCAGAUAAGCUUUUUCUAACCUGUAAUAGCUUAAUUUGGUAACAAAGAACUUGCCAUCUAGAUUAACGUUUCCAUUCCUACAAAUUUUUGUUCAGUUUUGGUGUAUUGGUUUAUUUUUGUCACUUGUACCGAGGUACAGUGAAAAACUUGUCUUGCAUACCAAUCGCACAGGUCAAUUCAUUACGCAGUGUAGUCACAUUGGGUUAGUACAGAGUGCAUUGAUGUAGUACAGGUAAAAACAACAGUACAGAGUAAAGUGUCACAGCUACAGAGAAAGUGCAGUGCAAUAAGGUGCAAGGUCACAAUGAGGUAGAUCGUGAGGUCAUAGUCCAUCUCAUUGUAUAAGGGAACCGUUCAAUAGUCUUAUCACAGUGGGGUAGAAGCUGUCUGUAAGUCUGGUGGUACGUGCCCUCAGGCACCUGUAUCUUCUACCCGAUGGAAGAGAAAAGAGAAUGACCCGGGUGGGUGGGGGUCAUUGAUUAUGCUGGCUGCUUCACCAAGACAGCGAGGGGUAAAGACAGAGUCCAAAGAGGGGAGGCUGUUGACCGUGAUGUACUGGGUUGUGUCCACAACUCUCUGCAGUUUCUUGCAGUCCUGGGCAGAGCAGUUGCCAUACCAAGCCACGACACAUCCAGAUAGGAUGCUUUCUGUAGUGCAUCGAUAAGUUGGUGAGACUCAAAGGGGACAAACCAAAUUUCUUUAGCCUCCUGAGGAAGUAGAAGCGCUGGUGAGCUUUCUUGGCUGUGGCAUCUACGUGAUUUGGCCGGGACAAGCUAUUGGUGAUGUUCACUCCCAGGAAUUUGAAGCUCUCAACCCUCUCGAUCUCAGCACCGUUGAUGUAGACAGGUGCAUUGACACCGUUCCACUAAGCUCUCUUAUCUCCUUCCUGUACUCCAACUCAUCGCUGUUUGAGAUACGGCCUACAAUGGUGGUAUCAUCUGCAAGCUUGUAGAUGGAGUUAGAACAGAAUCUGGCCACAUAGUCAUGAGUGUAUAGAGACUAGAGGGCUGAGGACGCAGCCUUGUGGGGCACCAGUGUUGAGAAUAAUCGUGCUGGAGGUGUUGCUGCCUAUCCUCACUGAUUGCAGUCUGUUGGUCAGAAAGUCAAAGAUCCAGUUACAGAGGGAGGUGUUGAGUCCUAGGUCUUGGAGUUUGGUGACAAGUUUGCUUGGGAUUAUUGUAUUGAAGGCAGAGCUGUAGUCAAUAAACAAUAGUCUAACGUAGGUGCCUUUACUAUCCAGAUGCUCCAGAGCUGAGUGUCGGGCCAGGGAGAUUGUGUCCGCUGUCGACCUGUUUCGGCGAUAGGCGAAUUGCAGUGGUUCGAGGUUGUGUGGGAGACUGGAGUUGAUGCAUGCCAUGACCAGCCUCUCAAAGCAUUUCAUGAUGGUGGAUGUCAGAGCCACUGGUCGGUAGUCAUUGAGGCAUGUUACCUUGCUUUUCUUCAGUAUUGGGAUGAUAGUGUAAUAAGAUUUGGCUACUUGUAUGAUAAAUUACUAUGAGAUACCAAGCUAUAAAGAACUGAAAGAUUUAGGGUUCAAUUUCUGGCCAAGAUAAAGAUAAUUGAUUUGUAUUCACCUCCACAGAAGAAAGUAUUCGGAGGAGAGAGGGAAAAAAAACAAGUGCAAAUAAAUACAUUAGACUAAGUUGCUAUUUUGUAGUUUUAAAUUGUUUUGGGGAAUAAUGUACUAAUGACUUACUUUCAUUGGGUUGAUUUAAUGUUCAUAUAUUUUGUAAAUGUAAGUUAUAUUGAG